AUGACGUGUAACGAGUCGCCUGCUAAAGAGAAGAAGAAAGCGUUACGAUCGUUGUUGAUGAAAGAGCUAACAUCGUUAGAAGAAAGUGGAGGAGCGAGAUCCCUUACAAAUGUCCAUUGCGCUGUUGAGCUUCAGUCCAAAUUUGCCACUUCUGGAUUGGCAACUACAGACGGACACCUAAGAAAAACAAUUAUCUUGGUAAAACAUUCAUGCCUACACUCAGAAAUGUACACGGAGGAGGUCGAAGUAAAGAAUGAAAGUGAAAAUAGUACUGCUUGCCUUGUUACUCCGCACUAUGAAUCAGAUGCAGAGCCUUCUGGAUCAGUGACACCGCUGAGAACUGAUGGAGAGGACAACGACAAAUUGUCCACUUCGGACAAUCAAUCAGGUGGUGGUGGGCGUAUGAUGUCGCCAGGUCGUGGCCGAGGAAACAAACGAAAACGGGCUGCGUACAACAGACACAGUAUCAUGGUUAUUGAUCGCAAGUACAUUCGGUCAAAAGUUACUGGAAAAGAUGAACGGAAAGACGAUGACUCCUAUGGCGAGGAAGAGGAGGAAGAGGCAACAAGGGACACUUUUAUUUCAAUGAAAAAUAAAACGUAUCGUCUCAUGGAACAAGAACAAUCUCUGGAUAAGUUCGAUCUGCUUGGUUUACCUCCCAUUGAUGACUUGUCGUUCACUACGGAUGACGCAAUCGAAAUCUUGGAAAAAAGACUAAGUGAUCUUCGAGAAGUGUAUCAUCAGUCUAAGUUAGAAUUGCUUCAUAUGGAAAAGCGAAGACGAAAGCGUGCAGAGAAAAAGAGUGAGUGA